AUUGACCAUUGCAAACAGAUAAUCGGUCGAUGGUUGCUAGAAAAUCUCUUUCACAAAAUUGAUUGAAUAAAAUUGACGAUUCUUCAUUUAAUUGAAUAGAUCCAGCUAUUUGAUGAUGAAACCCUAGACUUGUAUACCUUUCCGCUCUGUAUUUUGUUCGUUGCCUUGAUUGGAUGUGAAAUCGGAUCGAUUCUGUAAAUUGAUUGGCAUCAAUCAUUUUUCCAUUUUCAUAAUCAUUGGGUGAAAUCAAGAGAUUAGAUUCUGCAUGAGAAAAGUGGUGGCGGAUACACAGUAGAGCGAAGGAUUUCUUCUCGGUUGGGGGCGCAACAUGUCUGCCGUUGUGUGCGGAAAGAGAUCAAACAUCUUCGAGGAAUCGCCGUCUUCGCCACCACUUUCCAAGAGAAUCCGCUAUUUAUCUUCCUCUCCAAGCCGACCUUUCUGGUUCUCCGCGCCGCUCGAUCAUCUUCUCGCUCUUUUUCCUGACAUGGACAGACAGUUUCUUGAGAAAGCCCUUGAAGAAUCUGGAGAUGAUUUGGAUUCAGCGAUUAAAAGACUAAACGAGCUUAGGUUGUCUACUGCAGAAAGUGUACCUGAUGUUUCUCAGGAAAUUAAUGCCCAAGAUACUGGUGCAGUGGCAAAUAGCGAGACUAGUGCUACAAGAGAGGAAUCAUCUGGUGGAAGUAGUUUUCCUGCUAGUGGUGCAGAGUGGGUGGAGCUGUUGGUGGGACAAGUCUUAAAUGCAUCGAAUGUAGACGAUGCUAAGGCACGUGUGUCACAGGCCCUGGAGGCAUUGGAGAAGUCCAUUUGUGCAAAUGCAACUGAAGAGGCUGCCCGGAGCUUUCAGAAGGAAAAGGUAAUGCUAAAGCAACAUCUGGAAGCGGUCAUUCAGGAGAACACGGUUUUGAAGCGGGCGGUUUCUAUCCAGCACGAGCGACAGAAGGAGUUUGAGGAGAUGGGUCAGGAGAUGCAGAAGCUGAAGGAGGUGGUAUCUCAAUACCAGGAGCAAGUGAGAAGUCUUGAGGUAAACAACUAUGCUCUAGCGAUGCACCUGAAGCAGGCUCAACAAAAUAAUUCAAUCUCUGGGCGUUUUCACCCUGAUGUGUUUUAACUUAUGGGUGCAGUCUCAUGCUCAAUCCAAUCUACAUUCUCAUGCCAAUACUUUAAUGCUAUUCGACUAUUUUUAUUCCUAUAUUAUAUAUACUCAAUCCUAUUACAUUUUUUGAGUAAAAAUAUUGAAACA